UUUUAAAAUUGUUUUGGGAGUUAUAAAUUUGUGUUCGUCGCUCGCUCACUUGACUAUUCCUUCUCACCGACGUCGUCUAUUUCUUUUCGCCGCCGGCCACCGUAAAGCAUUAAAACGUCACCAAACAAAUAAAGAUGCUAACUCUAACACACACUCUCUUCUCCUCCGCCACUUCCACCUCCUCAUUCCCAACCCUUCACUGUCGCCUCAAACCCCACGUUCGCUCUCUCAAUUCUCAUCGCUCUGCCCACCUCCCUACUCCUCUCCAGCUCUUUAACCCUCUCAGAACUGCUGUGGAAAAUAGAGGUAAUUUGGGGAUGAAGCAAAAAUGGAAACGAGGGUUUGGCCCUGUUUGCUAUUCUCCUCCUGUUACCACGAGUAACCUUCAAUGGAUCUGCACAAUAUCUGCUGCGGUUUUGAUGUUUGCAAAAGGCACAGCAAUUCAAAAAUCAUUUAUUGUUCCUUUUUUUGCUCUACAAGCACCUGCAAGUCUUACAUCCUGGAUCAAGGGCGAAUAUGGGAUUUUAACAGCAUUCUUGGCACUUUUAGUUCGCCUUUUCUUCAGUAUUCCUGGUGAGCUUGAAUUGCCAUUUAUAGCAUUGCUAAUGGUAAUUGUGUUUCCUUUCCAACUUGCAAACUUAAGAGGAAGACAAGAAGGGGUGGCUCUUUCUUUGAUCAUUGCUGCAUUUCUUGCUUUCCAGCAUUUCACACGAUUAGGCAACUUAAGAGGAGCAUUUGACCAAGGUUCAAUCAUUGCCACCUUAGCCAUACUUUCUAUUGUUGCUGUUCCAAUCAUGCUCUUAAUAUGAACAAUUGUUUUAAAAAAAUGCUUGAACAAUUACGUGUGAUUGUUUGUAUACUAUUUCGAGCUCAACAAGUUAUAUGAUUAUAACUCCCUACUUUUGUUUAUUAAAUGUACUUCAACUGCUUUUAUAGUUUUAUGCAUGUGUAAAGAAUAUUUGCUCCUGUUAAUGAAUAU